UUGAUCUUAUAAAAUUCAACUAAAUUUAAAUAUCAAUAUUAGAAUAGCAUUAAUAUCAGUUUAAUUGAUUUUGUAUUCAUUUUUCAUUCGUCACUUUCAUUCGAAAAGUGCAAGUGAUGUCAGGAGUUAUGUUUGUUGUCUCGAAAUUAAGAGCUCUGCAUUUCUACCUACAUCGUGAACCUUCAUUGUGGCUCAUAUGAAAGAACAGAAUCUUUCAAUCUUUCUCUAUCAAAAUGAAGGCAACCGAGAACAAAUGGUGGGCUCCUUUGGGUAUCGAACAACUUCAUAAACAAAUACAACGCCACAAAUUGAGUUAUAAAGAGAUGAAAGAAAAUGGAUUUCCGGUAGGAGACAGAAACAAUCCCGGAAAAGUUAUUUUGACAGCCAACCCAAUUUUUGCAGAUUCCUUGAAUCCGGAAAAGCAGAUCUGUCGAUGUGGUAAAGAGUUAUCCUUGCUGGAAGAGAACUGGUAUUUGGAUGAAAAUGGUUGCAAGUACCAUCCGGGAAAGCGUAAUUUCAUUGUUGGUCGGAAAAAAGUUUCUUAUAGUUGUUGUAAGAGAGAGUUGUCUUCUGAAGGCUGUACCCACAGCAAAUAUCAUGUGAGCUUUUUGAGACCAUUCCAAGAUGUUCAUUUUGUUCAAACAGAGUGCAAAAAAAAUUUCCGCCGGGAUGCUCUUUCUAAUGUAUUUGCUUUGGACUGCGAAAUGGCGUUUACCACAAAAGGCAUGGAAGUUGUAAGGGUAACGCUAGUGAACGUCUAUGGUAUAGUCGUUUAUGAUUCUUACGUCAAGCCAGAACACCAAAUUCUGGAUUACAAUACUGUUUACAGUGGAGUGAAUCGAAAUAAUCUCGAUGGUGUGGACACAACACUUCAGAGAGUACAAUCCUUUUUGUUAAGUUUAUUGAACAAAGAUUCCAUCCUUGUUGGGCAUGGACUGGCAAAUGAUCUUUUGGGACUUAAUCUGAUACACGAAAGUGUUGUGGAUACUUCUUGCCUGUUUCCUCAUGAUAGGGGAUUUCCAUACAAGCACUCUCUAAAGCACCUUGCUGCCAUACAUUUGGGCAAAUCCAUCCAAGUCAGCUGGAGAGGACACAACAGCAUCGAGGAUGCCAAGACCUGCAUGGAACUUUUGCUAUGGAAGAUAUAUUCUAAAAUGCCAUUUGUAAUUAUGCCUUGGAGCUUAUGUCCUCAAAAUAUAAUGCCUAUGAAGUACAGCAUUUCGGCCCAAAAUACUUUAUUUCUGAAUAGUUUUCAGAUUGGUGCUUUUUACAAAAUACUUCUUACACAGCUGAAAGGACGGAAUUCUGUUCCGCCUCUUCUUUUUUCUUCGUAUACUGCCAUAAUGAAGUCUGUACCUAUGGUGCCACCAUUUUAUGUUCCGUCUUUUCCCCCACCAAUUUUUGCGUACAAUAAUGCUAAUAAAUAAUGAUUUUAAAGGGACAAUUUUAUGUUAAGGCUUAUGAAUUUUAUUUUAACUUGUAUACUUUACUUGAAUAAACUAUUUUUGUAACUUGUAUAUACA